UCCUCACCUCAGAUUGUUUUUUGUUGUUGUUGUUGUUGUUGUUUUUUACCUCAGUGUGUGGGUCUCGAGCCACGCGAGAGCCGUAGUUAUGAAGUAACGCGCGCGAGGAGGUGACGCGCGAGCGGACGCUCUAUGAUUUAUUCUGUUCGUUUCUAGCGAUACCACAACCUGAAAAGUGCACUUUGGAGUCAUCAGUGAAUGAUUUUGGUAGAUGGGAGGAAAUCUGAGAACCCAAAGGAAACCUGCAUAAACACAGGGAGAACAGAGAGUAAGCUGAGCUCUGGACCAGGAGCUCUUGAGCUGUGUAUACGGGUACUUCCUGGUUUGACAGAAGAGUGAUUCAAAACUAUCCAUGAUGACAUCAACACUUCAAGGGCAGAAGGUGUGCCACUCUCAGACACAGACAGAUGCCAUGAAGCCACUACUUGGAGGGACAGGAUGCGGAAUCGAAUCGAUCCGCCUCCGUCGCCGCCUGAUGUCCAAAGAUGGCCGGAGCAAUGUGCGUGUGGAGCAGAUGAGCGGGCAGCAUGCACUGUACCUACGUGAUCCGUGGACAACCUGUGUGGACCUGCAAUGGAGAUACAAGCUGCUCGUGUUCAGUGCCACCUUUGUGGGCACUUGGUUUGCCUUUGGCCUGCUCUGGUACCUGCUGGCUCUUGUCCAUGGAGACCUGCUGGAGUUUGAUCCUCCGGCCAACCACACAUUGUGUGUGAUGCAGAUGCAGACCCUAACAGGAGCUUUUCUGUUCUCUCUGGAGACGCAGACGACCAUUGGCUAUGGUUUCCGAUGUAUUACAGAAGAGUGUCCAUCUGGCAUUCUACUUCUUGUCAUUCAGCUUCUCAUUACCACCGGCAUGGAGAUCUUCAUCACAGGAACCUUCCUCGCCAAGGUCGCUCGGCCCAAGAAACGUGGGGAGACGGUGCGUUUCAGCCAGCAGGCUGUAAUAGCGAAUCACAACGGGGAGCCGUGUCUUAUGAUCCGUGUGGCCAACAUGCGCAAGAGCCUUCUUUUGGGCUGUCAGGUGACUGGGAAGCUACUCCAGCGUUGUGCACCUAAAGAGGGCGAAACAGUGCGCCUAGACCAGAAGAACAUCCCAUUUAGUGUGGACACGGCCAGCGAGAGCCCCUUCCUUAUCCUCCCACUCACCUUCUACCACACUAUCGACAACGACAGCCCCCUCCGGGAAUGGGCAGCCAAGGGUGUGGGCUGGACCGAACCGGAGGUGGCUGAUUUUGAGCUCUUUGUGAUGAUGAGCUCCACGGUGGAGUCGACAUCCGCUAUGUGCCAGGUGCGCACGUCCUACCUGCCUGAAGAAAUCCUCUGGGGCUAUGAAUUCCCACCCCUCGUCUCUCUGUGUCCGAUGGGGAAAUACGUUGCUGAUCUGGCCUACUUCGACAAAGUUAUCAAGGCUAAGACCCCACCCAUAUUCAGACAGUCCUCACCCACCACCCAGCGGAGUUACCAUAGUAGUGAAGAGAGAGGAGACCCAGAGAAGAUUCAGCUGGAGCUGAGCUAUAGAGAAGCAGGCCAGGAAAGAGGGAGGGGGAAAGCCGGGAGUUCAUCAGGAGUUAGAAUAAGUAAUGUCUAGCACAUUUAUAGUACAUGUGCACACUGACACCCACACGCACAAUGGCGUGUUUCAUACUUAACAGAUGAGGCCCAGCAAAAUGCCCUGAGAAUCGAAAGUAGCAAAUCACCGCAACACUAAUGUAAAGGAGUAACUCUGAAAUCUUCAUCAGCAUUAGAAAUAUAUUAUGUCAUUUAGAUACAGCAUCUUAAAUUACUGUUAAUAGGAAAUAAUCUAAUUUACUUUUGUCCUGCCAAGAAUUAAAUAAUGAGGCCAUAUCUCCCUCUAGUGGUUACACGUAUUAAACCCCUAGUAAAGAUGUAAUAUGACUGGUUUCCCUAAAAUUUCAUAAUUUUUGGACACUGCUGAGCAUAUAAAUAGUAAUCAUAGUGAUGAUCAGAAAACCCUUUCAGGCCGAAAGUGUGAGCAAGAUGUUGCUGUGAGCAAGGGGUUUGGAUUUGGACAAGCUGUUCGGUCACGUCAUCAUGUGCCUUGUUUUUGAACUGUAAUAAAUUGUUCUUGAACCAGGUGUCACCAUGAUGCUGAAUAUUAAGGAUGCCUGUAUGACACAUCGAAUGCUUAGAAUAAAGGUUUACUGCAUUGUGAA